CACACACACAAACACACACACACACACACCGUGUUGUAUUGUGCUGCUUGUUGCUGCAGCUGUAGCAUAAUUGUAGCCUGUUGGACACCCAUCCACCCCCACCUUCACCCUCCUUCUCUCUCUCUCAUUCUCUCUUGCACUCUCUCUUUCUCCCUCUCUCUAUCUCUACCCCUCUCUCUCUCCUUCCUUCACUCUCUCUAUCUCCGUCUCUCUCUCUCUCCCUCUCUCUCCCUCUCUGUCCCUCCCUCCAAGCACCCCAUGGAUGUAGAUGCAGACAGCCAGGGCGUCAGUUCUGAUUCCGCUACAGUGGAGCCUGGUAUAGCAGGAGCCAACUGGCUUUACGUCCCAAUACUUCCCAACAGGCUUUUUCUCCUUUCCUUUUGUUCAUGAUCAUUGGCAGACAGAAGGACAAGUGUCCACCAUGUUGCUUUCACCUAAAACAUAACCUACCUCAGAUCAAUGGUACCAUAACAAAAAGCCAACAUCAGGACUAUUAAAUGAAGUGCUUUUUUAUUGGGAGCAUAGCCACCAAACCAAACCAAUCAACUCCCUUCUCCCUCUUUUCCUCCCUCUCUCUUGUCUUCCUCUCCCCAUCCCUCUUUUCUUCCCCCAGAGCCCGGCGGCCCCUCCUUCACCAUCGGCAAGGCCAUCUGGCUGCUGUGGGGCCUGGUUUUCAACAACUCUGUCCCCGUCCAGAACCCCAAAGGCACCACCAGUAAGAUAAUGGUGUCGGUGUGGGCCUUCUUCGCUGUCAUCUUCCUGGCCUCCUACACUGCCAACCUGGCUGCCUUCAUGAUCCAGGAGGAGUAUGUGGACCAGGUGUCGGGCCUCAGCGACAAUAAGGUGUGUGUGUAUGUGUGUGCAUGUGAGUGUCUUCACCUGCCUGUCUGUCUGUGUCCAGCAUUGCAUAUGUUUUCCAAGCCUCACAAUAAUGCAUUAGGAGCAUUUGAUGGAACCCGAUUUUCCACCUCCCCACACCAACCCCGGCUAUUGUCUCUCAUUUUCUCUUCUCUUCCGGAACCCCCCCACCCCCACCCCCACUUCACAGUUCCAAAAACCCAACGCCUUCUCCCCGCCAUUCCGUUUCGGAACGGUGCCCAACGGAAGCACGGAACGGAACAUCCGCAACAAUUACCCAGAGAUGCACCAGUAUAUGACCAGCUACCACCAGAAGAACGUGGACGAGGCCCUGGCAAGCCUCAAGGGAGGGUGAGAGAAGGAGAGGGAGGGAAGGAGGGAGGGAGGGAGGAAGGGAGGAAGGGAGGGAGGAAGGAAGGAAGGAAGGAAGGAAGGAAGGAAGGAAGGAAGGAAGGAAGGAAGGAAGGAAGGAAGGAAGGAAGGAAGGAAGGAAGGAAGGAAGGAAGGAAGGAAGGAAGGAAGGAAGGAAGGAAGGGAGGGAGGGAGGGAGGGAGGGAGGGAGGGAGGGAUGGAUGGAGGGUGAGGGAGAGGAGGGAGGGAGGGAGGGAGAACAGGUGAGGGAGAGGAGAGAGAGGGAUGGAGGGAGGAGGGAGUGUGGGUGGGAAGCCAGCAGAGCUGCUGCUGUUGCUUGCUGCUGUCUGCCACUGCUCCUUAGCUCAGAAUAGCAGCAAGCAACAGCCUGGUGGUUGGUGGUGGAGGCUGAGAGCUGAUCUGAUGUGAUGGUCCUUCUUCCUUUCCAAGAAUUAAGAAUGCAGAGUGCGGGUUAGAACAUUAGUGCUUCAUAUAGCCAUCUGUGGGUUUCUGUUAUUUUGGCUUGGUUGGGAGGGAGCUGGUUGAGCUGCUAGCUAACCACUGGUAUUGUAAAACUGUUAGUCUGCAUGGGUGUGUAUAACUAACAUGUUGUAGCCAUGGGGAGUUGAUGAGUUGUGGGUUUGUCACCUAAACCUGUCAUAGGUCACUUACAUUAAACAAAAAUAUAAACGCAACAUGUAAAGUGUUGGUCCCAUGUUUCAUGAGCUGAAAUAAAAUAUCCCAGAAAUGUUCCAUAUGCACAAAAAGCUUAGUGAGCAUUUCUCCUUUGCCAAGAUAAUCCAUCCACCUGACAGCUGUGGCAUAUCAAGAAGCUGAUUAUGAUCAUUACACAGGUGCACCUUGUGCUGGGGAAAAUAAAAGGCCACUCUAAAAUGUGCAGUUUUGUCACACAACACAAUGCCAAAGAUGUCUCAAGUUUUGAGGGAGCGUGCAAUUGGCAUGCUGACUGCAGGAAUGUCCACCAGAGCUGUUGCCAGAUAAUUAAAUGUUAAUUUUUCUGCCAUAAGCCGCCUUUAACGUCGUUUUAGAGAAUUUGGCAGUAUGUCCAACUGGCCUCACAACAACAGUCCACGUGUAUGACGUUGUGUGGGCGAGCAGUUUGCUGAUGUCUACGUUGUGAACAGAGUGCCCCAUGGUGGCGGUGGGGUUAUGGUAUGGGCAGGCGUUAGCUAUGGACAACGAACACAAUUGAAUUUUAUUGAUGGCAAUUUGAAUGCACAGAAAUACCGUGACGAGAUCCUGAGGCCCAUUGUGAGGCCCAUUUUUUUUUUAAGUAUCUUUGACCAACAGAUGCAUACAGUGGGGAAAAAAGUAUUUAGUCAGCCACCAAUUGUGCAAGUUCUCCCACUUAAAAAGAUGAGAGAGGCCUGUAAUUUUCAUCAUAGGUACACGUCAACUAUGACAGACAAAAUGAGGAAAAAAAAUCCAGAAAAUCACAUUGUAGGAUUUUUAAUGAAUUGAUUUGCAAAUUAUGGUGGAAAAUAAGUAUUUGGUCAAUAACAAAAGUUUCUCAAUACUUUGUUGGCAAUGACACAGGUCAAACGUUUUCUGUAAGUCUUCACAAGGUUUUCACACACUGUUGCUGGUAUUUUGGCCCAUUCCUCCAUGCAGAUCUCCUCUAGAGCAGUGAUGUUUUGGGGCUGUCGCUGGGCAACACGGACUUUCAACUCCCUCCAAAGAUUUUCUAUGGGGUUGAGAUCUGGAGACUGGCUAGGCCACUCCAGGACCUUGAAAUGCUUCUUACGAAGCCACUCCUUCGUUGCCCGGGCGGUGUGUUUGGGAUCAUUGUCAUGCUGAAAGACCCAGCCACGUUUCAUCUUCAAUGCCCUUUCUGAUGGAAGGAGGUUUUCACUCAAAAUCUCACGAUACAUGGCCCCAUUCAUUAUUUCCUUUACACGGAUCAGUCGUCCUGGUCCCUUUGCAGAAAAACAGCCCCAAAACAUGAUGUUUCCACCCCCAUGCUUCACAGUAGGUAUGGUGUUCUUUGGAUGCAACUCAGCAUUCUUUGUCCUCCAAACACGACGAGUUGAGUUUUUACCAAAAAGUUAUAUUUUGGUUUCAUCUGACCAUAUGACAUUCUCCCAAUUCUCUUCUGGAUCAUCCAAAUGCACUCUAGCAAACUUCAGACGGGCCUGGACAUGUACUGGCUUAAGCAGGGGGACACGUCUGGCACUGCAGGAUUUGAGUCCCUGGCGGCGUAGUGUGUUACUGAUGGUAGGCUUUGUUACUUUGGUCCCAGCUCUCUGCAGGUCAUUCACUAGGUCCCCCCGUGUGGUUCUGGGAUUUUUGCUCACCGUUCUUGUGAUCAUUUUGACCCCACGGGGUGAGAUCUUGCGUGGAGCCCCAGAUCGAGGGAGAUUAUCAGUGGUCUUGUAUGUCUUCCAUUUCCUAAUAAUUGCUCCCACAGUUAAUUUCUUCAAACCAAGCUGCUUACCUAUUGCAGAUUCAGUCUUCCCAGCCUGGUGCAGGUCUACAAUUUUGUUUCUGGUGUCCUUUGACAGCUCUUUGGUCUUGGCCAUAGUGGAGUUUGGAGUGUGACUGUUUGAGGUUGUGGACAGGUGUCUUUUAUACUGAUAACAAGUUCAAACAGGUGCCAUUAAUACAGGUAACGAGUGGAGGACAGAGGAGCCUCUUAAAGAAGUUGUUACAGGUCUGUGAGAGCCAGAAAUCUUGCUUGUUUGUAGGUGACCAAAUACUUAUUUUCCACCAUAAUUUGCAAAUAAAUUCAUUAAAAAUCCUAGAAUGUGAUUCUCUGGAGAAAAAAAAAUCUCAAUUUGUCUGUCAUAGUUGACGUGUACCUAUGAUGAAAAUUACAGGCCUCUCUCAUCUUUUUAAGUGGGAGAACUUGCACAAUUGGUGGCUGACUAAAUACUUUUUUCCCCCACUGUAUCUGUAUUCCCAGUCAUGUGAAAUCCAUAGAAUAGGGCCUAAUGAAUUUAUUUUAAUUGACUGAUUUCCUCAUAUGAACUGUAACUCAGUAAAAUCUUUGAAAUUAUUGAAUGUUGCGUUUAUAUUUUUGUUCAUUAUAUCUCUUAUUACUAGGCCCUGCAGUUUUUUCCUGAUAAUGCGACCUCAACAGGAAAACUCCAGAGCAUGUACAGGCUAUAACCAGGGCCUGUAGUUUUACUGGUUCAGUCAUAUGAUCAGGAAAGAACUCCUAGCCCUGCACAUAACCAAUAUCUACAAUUGCUAACACUUUGCCUGACCAAUACUGACCACUAACUAUCCUCCACUAUCUCCUUCCCUUCUCCUGCUCAGUAAAUUGGAUGCCUUCAUCUACGAUGCCGCUGUGUUGAACUACAUGGCCGGGAGGGACGAGGGCUGUAAGCUUGUGACCAUCGGCAGCGGGAAGGUGUUCGCCACCACCGGUUACGGCAUCGCCAUCCAGAAGGACUCUGGCUGGAAGAGAGCAGUGGACCUGGCCAUCCUCAUGCUGUUCGGCGACGGUAAAGCUCCAACUGACAUGCAAUUGUAGUCCUACGGUAGAAUAUAGAAUAUAGAAUAGUAAUGUAUUAGUCCAUCUGCAGAGAUAGAAAUUCUUCAUCUGCUCCGCUCCCUCAUCCCCUCCCCACUCCACAAGACAACACACAAACACACAACACACACAUUUUGGGUAGGAGCACAGGUUCAGCCAACCACAGAGCAGCACCCCUGCAGCUACACAUUUUAGUAGCAAGUGCCUAGCUCAAGGGCACAAUGGCAGGAGAUGGUACAUGGGAUCUUAAACCAGCUUCCUUCUGGUUGUUAGUUCAUCUCCCAAUUGCAUUGUCGAAUCCCAGGAUUCGAACACUGGAUGCUGGAUACCACAGUCUUAAUUGCACUGCUUAGUUCCAUUGGCCUGUACAUAUUAUAUACAGUUGAAGUCGGAAGUUUACAUACACUUAGGUUGGAGUCAUUAAAACUCAUUUUUCAACCACUCCACAAAUUUCUUGUUAACAAACUAUAGUUUUGGCAUGUCGGUUAGGACAUCUACUUUGUGCAUGACACAAGUAAUCUUUCCAACAAUUGUUUACAGACAGAUUAUUUCACUUAUAAUUCACUGUAUCACAAUUCCAGUGGGCCAGAACUUUACAUACACUAAGUUGUCUGUGCCUUUAAACAGCUUGGAAAAUUCCAGAAAAUUAUGUCAUGGCUUUAGAAGCUUCUGAUAGGCUAAUUGACAUCAUUUCAGUCAAUUGGAAGUGUACCUGUGGAUGUAUUUCAAGGCCUACCUUCAAACUCAGUGCCUCUUUGCUUGACUUCAUGGGAAAAUCAAAAUAAAUCAACCAAGACCUCAGAAAAAGAAUUGUAGACCUCCACAAGUCUGCUUCAUCCUUGGGAGCAAUUUCCAAACGCCUGAAGGUACCACGUUCAUCUGUACAAACAAUAGUACGCAAGUAUAAACACCAUGGGACCACGCAGCCAUCAUACCGCUCAGGAAGGAGACGUGUUCUGUCUCCUAGAGAUGAACGUACUUUGGUGCGAAAAGUGUAAAUCAAUCCCAGAACAACAGCAAAGGACCUUGUGAAGAUGCUGGAGGAAACAGGUACAAAAGUAUCUAUAUCCACAGUAAAACGAGUCCUAUAUCGACAUAACCUGAAAGGCCGCUCAGCAAGUAAGAAGCCACUGCUCCAAAACCGCCAUAAAAAAGCCAGACUACGGUUUGCAACUGCACAUUGGGACAAAGAUUGUACUUUUUGGAGAAAUGUCCUCUGGUCUGAUGAAACAAAAAUAGAACUGUUUGGCCAUAAUGACCAUCGUUAUGUCUGGAGGAAAAAGGGGGUUGCUUGCAAGCCGAAGAACACCAUCCCAACCGUGAAGCACGGGGGUGGCAGCAUCAUGCUGUGGGGGUGCUUUGCUGCAGGAGGGACUGGUGCACUUCACAAAAUCGAUGGCAUCAUGAGGAAGGAAAAUUAUGUGGAUAUAUUGAAGCAACUUCUCAAGACAUCAGUCAGGAAGUUAAAGCUUGCUCGUAAAUGGGUCUUCCAAAUGGACAAUGGCCCCAAGCAUACUUCCAAAGUUGUGGCAAAAUGGCUUAAGGACAACAAAGUCAAGGUAUUGGAGUGGCCAUCACAAAGACCUGACCUCAAUCCUAUAGAAAAUGUGUGGGCAGAACUGAAAAAGCGUGUGCGAGCAAGGAGGCCUACAAACCUGACUCAGUUACACCAGCUCUGUCAGGAGGAAUGGGCCAAAAUUCACCCAACUUAUUGUGGGAAGUUUGUGGAAGGCUACACAAACCCAAGUUAAACAAUUUAAAGGCAAUGCUACCAAAAACUAAUUGAGUGUAUGUAAACUUCUGACCCACUGGGAAUGUGAUGAAAUAAAUAAAAGCUGAAAUAAAUCAUUCUCUCUACUAUUAUUCUGACAUUUCACAUUCUUAAAAUAAAGUGGUGAUCCUAACUGAUCUAAGACAGGGAAUUUUUACUAGGAUUAAACAUUAGGAAUUGUGAAAAACUGAGUUUAAAUGUAUUUGACUAAGGUGUAUGUAAACUUCCGACUUCAACUGUAUAUAAACUGUUCAAUGUGUCCUAUCUAGAGUCUAUGGUCCACAGCAUGUACAGUAGAAACACUGAGAAGUCUUGACGAGAUACCUGGAUGAUCACCUCACUGCCUUCAGAGAAACGUUCUAUAUAUUGAGUGUACAAAAUAUUAAGAACACCUGCUCUUUCCAUAACAUAGACUGACCAGAUGAAUCCAGGUGAAAGCUAUGAUCCCUUAUUGAUGUCACUUGUUAAAUGCACUUCAAUCAGUGUAGAUGAAGGAACAGGUUAAGGAAGGAUUUUUAAACCUUGAGACAAUUGAGACAUGGAUUGUGUAUGUGUGCCAUUCAGAGGGUGAAUGGGCAAGACACCGGUUUGAGUGUGUCAAGAACUGCAACGCUGCUGGGGUUUUCACGCUCAACAGUUUGUUGUGUGUAUCAACAAUGGUCCACCACCCAAAGGACAUCCAGCCAACUUGACACAACUGUGGGAAGCAUUGGAGUCAACAUGGCCCAGCAUCCCUGUGGAACGCUUUCGACACCUUGUCGAGUCCAUGCACCGACGAAUUGAGGCUGUUCUGAGCGCAAAAGGAAUAUUAGUUAGGUGUUCUUAAUGUUUUGUACACUCAGUGUCUAUACAUGGACAUGGGCAGUACACAACAAUGGCUUGAAUGCACUAGGCAUUUUCUAUCAUAGCAUGUCCCAGUUUUUAUAAUGUAUGAGAGGUCAUAACAGUGUGAGAGGGAUAUGGUCCAGAUUGUUUCAGACAGUUGAUAGUCUCUUGAUACAAGAGGCUAGGGAUUUGGUUCACCACUGAAAGUGAGCCUCACAUACAGUAGCAUACAUCUCUACAGUAUGUACCAGACCUGGGUUCAAAUACUAUUUGAAAUAAUUUUAAAUACUUUACCUGUGAUUGAUUAAGCUUGGCUGGCCUAAUGGACCAAUAGAAUAUCCUCAAAACUAAACCCCGCCUCAGCAGGAACUCUAGGCAGGCUAGAGAAACCACUCAAAGUAUUUGAAAGAUUUCAAGUAGUAUUUGAACCCAGGUCCGAUAUCUACUGCCAAAUAUAUGUGGUCAGACGUUCAUUUCAUUCACACCUUAACGCGCUGUCAGAACAUACUUUAUAUAAACGAGUACAGACCUCAGAGUUCACCCUCACUGGAUGUCUGUUCAGGUGUCAUCCCCUGUUAUAAUACAUACAACAUGGUUACGUGAUGUAUGUUUGUCUCGUGUGUGUGUGUGUGUGUGUGUGUGUGAGUCGUGUGUGUCAUGCGUGUGUAAGUGUGUGUGGUUGUAUGUAUGCAUGUAUCGUGUGUGUGCAUGUGUGUGUGUGCGUCAUGUGAUGACAGAGGGGCCAAGAAUAGUGUCCUAGUUCCAAGUGGCAGCCUCUGGUGCAUCUGGAGUGGAUUCAAAUAGCAUCAAGUGUGGGCAUGCUUAUGUCUGGUGGGGGUAGGUCUGGUGGGGUGUGGGUCUAGUGGGGUGGAGGUCUGGUGGGGUGUAGGUCUGGUGGGGUGGAGGUCUGGUGGGGUGUGGGUCUAGUGGGGUGGAGGUCUGGUGGGGUUUAGGUCUGGUGGGGUUUAGGUCUGGUGGGGUGUAGGUCUGGUGGGGUGGGGGUAGGUCUGGUGGGGGUAUAGGUCUAGGACAUACAGAUGUAGGAUCUUAAUUUGGCCAGUAUUGUCGUAGCAAAAUCAUCCUGCAGAAAUAGGAUUUGAACGUUUAGUCCAUAAUGUUGCUUGAUCGGUGGUUAGGAUAUUAGCUGGACAAAAGUAGGCUACAUGAAAUACUGUUAAUAUAAGCGUGUGUUAGUGUGGGUUUUCAGUGAAUUUAUGUAUAUCACUAAUCUCAUCUGCUCAUCUGCAUUUCAGCAACAAAAGAGUGAUCAAAUUAAGAUCCUACAUCUGUACAUGGAACACAUACAGAAGUGAAUAGCUUUAAUUAAGUAGGACACUUUUUGGACUUCUCCAUUGAUUCUAUUCUACAGGACCAACUGAAACAAGAACAGCUCAAGUCUAUAUUUCAACCAGGUCUUGUGCAGGGGUAGGUGGAGGAGUAUUGAGGUCAACCCAAAGACUGCAUGUCCGGGCCUCCCGAGUGGUGCAGUGGUCUAAGGCACUGCAUCGCAGUGCUCGAGGUGUCACUACAGACCCGGGUUCAAUCCCGGGCUGUAUCACAACCGGCCGUGAUCGGGAGUCCCAUAGGGUGGCACACAAUUGGCCCAGCAUCGUCCAGGUUAGGGGAGGGUUUGGCCGGGGGGCUUUACUUGGCUCAUCGCACUCUAGCGACUCCUUGUGGCGGGCCGGGCGACUGCAGGCUGACCUCAGUUGAACAGUGUUUCCUCCGACACAUUGGUGCAGCUGGCUUCCGGGUUAAGUGAACGGGUGUUAAGAAGCGCAGUUUGGUGGGUCAUGUUUCGGAGGACGUACGACUCGACCUUCGCCUCCCGAGCUCGUUGAGGAGCUGCAGCGAUGAGACAAGAUCGAAAUUGGGGUUAAAAAAGAAUAAAGACUGCCUUCCUACAUCUGAGGAGCUCAAAGUCAACUUGACACAACCUGCUGAGCUUCCUUCACGUCUGUCACUGUGGCCUACUUUAACAGGAAGUCUUAACAACCAGGCAGGCACAAUCUGCUACCGUCCAGGCAGCGAGUGAGUUAGCACACUGUUAGUUACACAAGCACUAGCAGAGUGGGAAAUCCCCUUUGGUAAGAUACAGACUCUGGUGGCUCACAUCAAACAAAUCUCACUGGACAUGUCCUCCCCGAAUCUCCCUCAGCACCAAUUCUAUGGGGACAUAUUUUACGGUGGGACCGGCGAUCACAUGACUGUGUGUACUUCCUCCCGGACCCCAAGGACUAGCAGAAGUCCCAUGAGGCUGUUGUUUCCCACAUCAAGACCAGAUAACGAACGACUUGCAUAAUCAAUGAUUAAUGAAGAUUAGCUGUGAUUAGCUGUUAUGUUGGGGGGACAUAACACAACAUGACAUGCGUGUGUUGCACACACCAGGAACCUUGUUGUUCACUCCUGCACUGACUGUGCUCACACACACAGCUGUAAUGGCCACACACACACACACAGUCACAAUAACAGUCAAGGACAAAGACAUCAGAAGCAACUUAAUCAGUGUCUCACAAUGUUCAUUCCAGUCCACUGCACUGUAUCCCUCUACUGUAUCGCACUUCACUGUAUCCCUCUUCACUGUAUCCCUCAGCACUCAUGCCUGAUAUUCAUCCUCAAAUACCUCACCUUUCAGCACCUACAGUUGAAGUUGGAAGUUUACAUACACCUUAGCCAAAUACAUUUAAACUCAGUUUUUCACAAUUCCUGACAUUUAAUCCUAGUAAAAACUCCCUGUCUUAGGUCAGUUAGGAUCACCACUUUAUUUUAAGAAUGUGAAAUGUCAGAAUAAUAGUAGAGAGAAUGAUUUAUUUCAGCUUUUAUUUAUUUCAUCACAUUCCCAGUGGGUCAGAUGUUUACAUACAUUCAAUUAGUAUUUGGUAGCAUUGUCUUUCAAUUGUUUAACUUGGGUCAAAUGUUUUGGGUAGCCUUCCACAAGAUUCCCACAAUAAGUUGGGUGAAUUUUGGCCCAUUCCUCCUGACAGAGCUGGUGUAACUGAGUCAGGUUUGUAAGCCUCCUUGCUCGCACAUGCUUUUUCAGUUCUGCCCACAAAUUGUCUAUAGGAUUGAGGUCAGGGCUUUGUGAUGGCCACUCCAAUACGUUGACUUUGUUGUCCUUAAGCCAUUUUGCCACAACUUUGGAAGUAUGCUUGGGGUCAUUGUCCAUUUGGAAGACCCAUUUACGAGCAAGCUUUAACUUCCUGACUGAUGUCUUGAGAUUUUGCUUCAAUAUAUCCACAUCAUUUUCCUUCCUCAUGAUGCCAUCUAUUUUGUGAAGUGCACCAGCCCCUCCUGCAUCAAAGCACCCCCACAGCAUGAUGCUGCCACCCCCGUGCUUCACGGUUGGGAUGGUGUUCUUCGGCUUGCAAGUGACCCCCUUUUUCCUCCAAACAUAACGAUGGUCAUUAAGGCCAAACAGUUCUAUUUUUGUUUCAUCAGACUAGAGGACAUUUCUCUUUGUCCCCAUGUGCAGUUGCAAACCGUAGUCUGGCUUUUUUAUGGCGGUUUUGGAGCAGUGGCUUCUUCCUUGCUGAGCGGCCUUUCAGGUUAUGUCGAUAUAGGACUCGUUUUACUGUGGAUAUAGAUACUUUUGUACCUGUUUCCUCCAGCAUCUUCACAAGGUCCUUUGCUGUUGUUCUGGGAUUGAUUUGCACUUUACGCACCAAAGUACGUUCAUCUCUAGGAGACAGAACACGUCUCCUUCCUGAGCGGUAUGACGGCUGCGUGGUCCCAUGGUGUUUAUACUUGCGUACUAUUGUUUGUACAGAUGAACGUGGUACCUUCAGGCGUUUGGAAAUUGCUCCCAAGGAUGAAGUAGACUUGUGGAGGUCUACAAUUUUUCUGAGGUCUUAGCUGAUUUAUUUAGAUUUUCCCAUGAUGUCAAGCAAAGAGGCACUGUUUGAAGGUAGACCUUGAAAUACAUCCACAGGUACACCUCCAAUUGACUCAAAUGAUGUCAAUUAGCGUAUCAGAAGCUUCUAAAGCCAAUACAUCAUUUUCUGGAAUUUUCCAAGCUGUUUAAAUGCACAGUCAACUUAGUGUAAGUAAACUUCUGACCCACUGGUAUUGUGAUACAGUGAAUUAUAAGUGAAAUAAUCUGUCUGUAAACAAUUGUUGGAAAAAUUACUUGUGUCAUGCACAAAGUAGAUGUCCUAACCGACUUGCCAAAACUAUAGUUUGUUAACAAGAAAUGUGUAGAGUGGUUGAAAAACUAGUUUUAUGAACGUCCAACCUAAGUGUAUGAAACGCAGACUUCAACUGUAGCGAAUGCCCCGACCUAACCGACAACCAAGAGAACCGGAACCAACGGAACCAGCCCCCGAACCCGAAAGCAACCCGCAAAACCCCGAGAACGGCAACCGGAGCAGAAAGAACGAACCCCAGCCACAGAAGAAACACCCGAGAGACCACAAGAAACCGGAGCAGAACGAACCCAAAUAGCACCCGAACGGAGAACCAACACCGCCAAGACAAAGGAACACAAACCGGAGCAACGAAAACCAAACCACCCGAACCAGAGACCGACCCGAAACCCGCACACCACCGAACCGAGCAGAACGAACACCGCAGAGACCCCCACACCAACCGUAGCAGAACCGAAACCGCCAAGACCCCCGCACCCCGAACCGGAGCAUAACCGAACACCCCAGAACCCCGCACCCAACCGGAGCAGAACCGAACACCGCCAGACCACCACGAAACAACCCGCCAGACACACCGAACCGUAGCUAGAACCUAACCCGCCAUGAUACCCCCUCACCCAACCAUAGUCAAACCUAAACCCACCAAUAGUACCCCCCUCAACCCCUAACCUAUAUAACCUAACACCUCCAUAUACCCCCUCACCCCUAACCUAUAUAAACCCCUAACCCUCCCUAUAACUACCCCUCACCCUAACCUAUAAACCUAACCCCCAUAUACCCCCUAACCUGUACCAUAACACUUUAUACACCCUCCAUAUACCCUCUUCUGCUACACCUUAUACUACAAACGAACCCCUCAUUAUACCCCUCUAACCUUAAUACAAUAUAGGCUUAUUUUUCCUUACGCUGCUCUAACCCUCUUUCCUGCUAGCUCCUUCUAUCUCCCCCUAACCCUAGUAUAGCCCAAUACAACCUUUAUACAACCUAACCCCUCCAUACAUACCCCUCCUAACCCGCUCUUCUGCUAACCCCCUGUAUCUCCUGCUUGUCCCCCCAGGAGAGAUGGAGGAGCUGGAGGCUCUGUGGCUGACGGGGAUCUGCCACAAUGAGAAGAACGAGGUGAUGAGCAGCCAGCUGGACGUGGACAACAUGGCGGGCGUCUUCUACAUGCUGGGGGCGGCCAUGGCUCUGUCGCUCAUCACCUUCAUCGCCGAGCACGCCUUCUACUGGCAACUGCGCUUCUGCUUCAUGGGCUACUGCACCGGCAAGCCAGGCUUUACCUUCUCCAUCAGCAGGGUGAGUUAUUGGCUGGAGUGGAGCAGGACUUCCUGGUCUGGUUGCCAAUAUUCUGUGCUAAUGCCACGUUCACGUCAUGUCGGAAACUCGGGACCUCCGAGUUCAAAUGAACGUAAGUUAUUUGCGUAGAGCUUCCUAUUGGUUGAUUCCGAUACUUCCCAAGUGGGAAACUCAAGUAUAAGCUAGUCUGAAAUUUUUGAAUUUCCGACAUGAUGUGAACGCGGCAUAAUAAAACCUAUACUAAUAAGCUAAUGAAACUUUGCUAACUGUGAUAGAGACAGUAAUAAGUAAUGAUACUGUAUGAUACCCUUUGAGCAAGGAUAACAAAUCUAGCAUGACAACUGACUAUGUGAAUGCUAAUAGAAUUUAGGCUAAUCCGUGCUAACGGUGCUAGCAAAACUAACAAACCAAUCAUUGCCAAUGGGCCUUUUGAAAGCCCUUUUAAUAUGUAACACUAAUGCUAAGGCAUUUACAGUUAGCUACAUGCCCAUUGAUUCCAGUUGUAUAGAAGGGUAAAAACAAAACCUUAUCACGGUGUUGUUGCAUCUUUAAAUGGGGACUGCUCUGGGGGGUGUUUAUGCGGGUCAUUUACCAUGGCAGUUGUCAUGGCAGUUAUUAUUGUAAGUCAGAGAGGUUGUUUACGCAUUAAAAACAAUUGCUUGAGGAACAAUGUCAUUUGCAUAAUGUUACCUUUUAAGAGAGGGGGGAAUGUUUUUGUUGUUGCACGCUCAUUGAGCUCAAUUAUCAUUAAUUUGAGAAACAGUCGCAAAUGUUUACCUGGCUGAACUUCUUAAGAACUGUUUUCUCUACUGUAUCCUUCCUCUUUUGGGAGCUCGACGAUAGUUACUCUGUAAUACAGCAAUAAUGGUUUUAUGCAAAGUACAUAAAAUAGUUUACAUGUAGGGAGAGCCUCGAUAGAAUACAAAUUCUGUAUUUAUUGGUUCAAGCGUACAGGUGUUGAUGUUAUUUGGCCGUUGCAUUACAGCAUUGAUUUUCACCCCCUACACUAUUACAGACUACCAAUCGUCUAUUAUUGCCGUCUGCAAGAGAUAGUCCGCCAAUAGUCUAUUACAGAUUUCCAUGCCUGGUUUAGCACUCCAGUUGUGGAGGGACAGAGGGGGGGGGGGGGGGGGGGGGGGGGGGGGGGGAACGAGAUAGUGUAGCGCUCAACCAAUCUGGUUGAAAGAAAGAGAGGGCAUAUGAUGAGACUAAAAGGAACAGAUAGCAUACGACAAGAGGUAAAGGAGAUCUGUCCAAGAAAAAUAAUGAUAAAAACAUAAAAGGGGAAUAGAAGGAACAGAGGAGCACAAAAGGAAAGAUGUGCCAGCCGGUGUGCCAGUAACCUCUGUCCUAUCACCUUUAUAAAGGGAUUGUGUGGACGUACGUAGAGAAAUAAAGAAAGAAAUCCCAUUGGAGGAGAAGCUUCACCACGGUGACCAGGAGGCAAAGGAGAUAAAACAAGACAAAAAAAGACACAAAGAACGAGUGAACGAAAAAAAGAAAGAGUGGAAAGAGUAGAAAUAAUAAUCAUGAAUUCAGGGAGCCAGGGGGGCAGGGGGCCAGGGGGGCAGGGGGGCCAGGGGGGCCAGGGGGGAGGGGGGCCAGGGGGUGCAGGGGGCGGGGGGGCCAGGGGGCGGGGGUGCCAGGGGGCAGGGGGGGGCAGGGGGCAGGGGGGGGCAGGGGGGCCGGGGGGGCAGGGGGGCAGGGGGCAGGGGGGCGGGGGGCAUGGGGGGCCGGGGGGGCAGGGGGGCCGGGGCGGGCCGUGGGGGGCAGGGGGGGCCGGGGGGGCCAGGGGGCAGGGGGGCAGGGGGCCGGGGGGGCCAGGGGGGCAUGGGGGGCCAGGGGGGCAGGGGGGCCGGGGGCCAGAGGGGCCAGGGGGCAUGGGGGCAGGGGGCAUGGGGGGCCAGGGGGCAUGGGGGGCCGGGGGGCCAGGGGGCAUGGGGGGCCGGGGGGGGCAGGGGGGCAGGGGGGCCAGGGGUCAGGGGGCCAGGGGGGCAGGGGGGCAGGGGGGCAGGGGGCAUGGGGGGCCAGGGGGGGGGGGGGGGGGGGGGGGGGCAGGGGGCCGGGGGAGAGGAGAAAAAAAAGAGAUGGACUAAGAGAUGGAGAAAAAAAAACGUUUUUGACAUGACAGAGACCCAUGUUUUCACUGGCAGGCAAUGAUCGUCGACCUUUCGUUUUUUUGUCUGGAAUGGCAUGAGACCGCCAACCCCCAGCGCUGAUCCUAACAUGCAUGCCUUGAUUUGUUGGCAGGUGUCACCUCUUAGAAUUACUGUCCUCACAACGCCAAAACCACAACCAGAUAAUAACAUUACAUUUCAACGAACCACACCCGUCUUUCAUUUCACGGAAUAUUUAUAAAUACUUUUAUUGCUUGAUAAAUUUUCGUGAUGUGUCUUUUACGAGAGGGGGUUGGAAAGCCCCAUAAAAAGUGCUGUCAGCAUGACAUUGAUUAAACGUAUUGAUUGGUUGAUUCAAAACUAGAGGCUAAAGGCGCUCCUGUCAUUAUCAAUCAAGUCUCUGAUCUGCCCUCCCACACUGGGUCUGAGUGAGAGGAGGAGAGGUGAGGCUCUGAGCCUCUGCAGUGGCCAAAGCUCUGUCUGCUCCCCAAGGAGAACUUAUUUAUGAACUCACCCCUAUUACUGUUUAAUACUGUGUAAACAAGGUGACCAGACGAAACACUGCAAUGCAUUAACCUCUCUCUCUUUGUCUCUCCCUCUCAUUCUAUCUCUCUCCACCUUUCCACCUCCUGUCCUCUUUCUAAUGCUCGUCCACCCAUCUAUCCUCUUUCUUUUUCGUCAAUCUGUUUCUAUGUUGGUUUCUUUUUCUUUCUAUCUGUGUUCCCAUGUUCUUUCGCUUGCUCCCCCUCUCCCCAUAAUGUUCUCUAUCUCUCUUUCCUCCUGUUUCUCUACCAUUCUCUAUCCCUCCUAUUCCUCCAUUCCUCCAACAGGGCAUCUGGAGUUGUAUCCACGGGGUCCAGAUCGAGGAGAACAAGUCGACCAUGGACUCUCCAUCGGCCACCAUGAACAUGAACAUGAACAACACCCACUCCAACAUCCUGCGACUGCUCCGCACCGCCAAGGACAUGACCGCCAUCCCGGGGGUCAACGGCUCGCCGCACACACACGGCGCCCUGGACUACGGUGGCCACCACCGCGGCGGCGGUGAGUCGCCCGGCAUCUACGACAUUUCUGAGCACCGGCGCAGCUUGCAAGAGCGCAAGGCCCCGCCGCCGCCAUACCUGCCCGAGGACAACAUGUUCAGCGACUACAUCAGCGAGGUGGAGAGGACUUUUGGCAACUUGCCCCUGAAGGACAACAACCUGUACCAGGACCAUUACCUGCACCACCACUCAGGCCCGGGACCCAGGCUGGCUCUGGGUAUGUCCGGCCCCCCGCCUAACAGGCAGAGUAGCUUAGGCAGUACCAGUUCAUUGGAGGGAGGGAUGUUUGAUUGUGACAGCUUAGGGGGAGGGGUAGCACCCAUAUUCACCACACAGCCCCGCGUUGCCUCCCUGACACACAGGAACACCAAUAAGUUUGACCUGAUCGCCGGCCACGCCUCGGCCUCAGGCUCCGGUCAGCAGGGGGGUCAGUUCAAGUCGAACGACCUCUACGGGAGGUUCUCCUUCAAAGGCGGGGCGUCCAGUUCUGGGUUUAUCGACAGGGGCGGUCACGACAGGUACUGCGUGGGUGGAGGAGGAGGGGGUGGCGGGGGCUCUGGGGGCGAUGAUGUGUCGGAUAUCUCCUCGCACACCAUCACCUACGGCAAUCUGGAGGGCAACGCCAAGAGGCGUAAACAGUACAGGGACAGCCUGAAAAAGAGGCCCGCCUCAGCCAAAUCCAGACGGGAGCAGGACGAGAUUGAUUACCGGAGGCGAGCCCACCACCAUCACACCGUCCACCACCACUUCUCCCGCGGGCCCCUAGGACACCGCUCGGCCUCCCCGCCCCUGGCCCCCUCUGAGCGGAAGAGAGGAGGAGGUGGAGGAGGAGGGGGUAACUCUUCACCUUACUUAUUCCGCGACAAAGAAAAUCUAAGGGAGUUCUAUGCGGAGCAGUUCCGUUCCAAGGAGGGCUCAGCCAAGUGGGAGCAUGUGGAUAUGUCCGACGGGCCUUGUCCGAUGGGCAGUGGGGGAGGAGGAGGCGGUGGCGGUAUUAGUGGUAGUGGCAUUUGUAAGAGCCUAGUGCCCGUGGAGGAUUUCCUGAAAGGUAACAAACCCAAGAAGUCAGAGGGUACAAGUGGCGUAGUCGGAGGGAUGGGCUUGGGGUCGUCAGGGCAACAGGCCCACACGUGUUGGGAGAAGAACAUGUCUGAAGUGGGGGGUGGAGGCAUAGCAGGGGGCGACUGGGAGUGUCGGAAUCACAGUGGUGGUGGCGGGGGAGGAGGAGGGGGCAAGUCCAUCUCUCACCAUGGUGGAGGGGGAGGAGGGGGAAAGUCCAUCUCUCACCAUGGGGGAGGGGGAGGAGGGAGCACCUGUACGCAUGGGGGCACUGGUGGCGGAGGGGGAAAUAGUCGCCCAAGCUCUGCUACUUGCAAACGGUGCGAGUCGUGUAAGAAACAAGGCAACCUGUAUGACAUCAGUGAGGAUAACCUCAUAUUUAGCAAGAUGGGGGGUGGAGGGGAGAAGAGUGGUGACGCGGGGGGUGCUGGCCAAUCACAAAGUCAGGCACAGCGCAGGAAGCUAGGGCCAGGUGGGCGGGUGUUACGGAGGCAACACUCCUACGACACGUUUGUGGAUUUGCAGAAGGGGGGGGGCGGCCGCCGCAUGGGCGGGGGUGGAGGAGGAGGUGGGGGAGGAGAAGGAGGGGGAGGGGGGCAGCUCCCCCCGCCCAGAAGCGUGAGCUUGAAAGACAAAGACCGCUACAUGGAGGGUGUUAGCCCAUACGCCCAAAUGUUUGCCCAGUACGCGGAGAGGGACAGAGAUAGUCCCUCCUUUUUCAGUCGGGGUGGUAGUGAGCGGGAGAGGGCGAAAGGAGGCUCCUCCUUCAGUUUGUUCCGAGGCGAACGAGGCGAAGGUGGGUUGCACCGUCGGUCGGUGGGGGAGAAAGACAUGAGGGACAGGGAUAGAAGAAUGAUGGGAGGUGGAGGUGGGGUGGGCGGUAGUGGCAAAGGGGCCGGGACUUACUCCUUGUCUAAAUCUCUCUACCCAGAUAAGGUGACCCAGAACCCCUUCAUCCCAACCUUCGGCGACGACCAGUGUCUAUUACACGGCGGCAAACCAUACUACGUCAAAAUGUCGCCACAGCAACAGCAACAACCGCCACAGCAUCUCCUCAACAACAGCCGCGGGGACUUCAGAGGCUCCAUGGGGUUGCCUUCCUAUUUACCGGCAUCAGCCACGACGGGGGUCAUGUCCAACGUGACCCCCAGGUUCCCCAAUGAUCUGUGUCUUGGUGGAGGGUUGGGGGGGCCCAUGGGGAACCACCAUGGCCCCGGACUGGGAGGCAACAAGCUACUGCCGGUCAGGGACAGGGGGUUAGGGAUGGUGGGGCAGGGCGGCCAGAGACCCUUCAAUGGCUCGAGCAACGGCCACGUUUACGAGAAGCUCUCCAGUAUGGAGUCUGAUGUCUGA